AUGGGAUGUGCAGCAAUGUUUUCUUAUAAGUAAGAUUUGGAUUAGUCUAUAUCUAUGAAAGAUGGUUAAAUUUUAUUAUUAGACAAUCCAAUCAAAAACAUAUAUUAACCUAAAACAAUCGAAUCAACUACUCUAUGUAAUUCACUAAAGUGGUGUGAUGAAGAUGAUGAUUUAUAGAAUCUUUUUGAAGAAUGUAGCAAAUUGGAGGAGAAUGUGGUAAAUACAAAUGUGAGAAUUCUCAAGAAAGAUGAAAAAUAAGUUUAAGAGUAAUACCAAAAUUCAUAAUCAAAAACAUAUUCUUAAACAUCUAUAUGUUUGAAUAUAAGACGAAAUCUUAUAAUAAAACAUAUAAAAUUACCAGAUAAGAAUGAUUAAAUUCCAAAUAGCAUUUUGAAAAGAAAGCGUUUAAAAGAAGGUCAAGUAUUUUCAGACAAGAUUCAAAGCAAAAUAACACAUCAAAAGGUUGUGAGAUUUAACAAAUGUUAUGUAAGAAUAAUUCCAGAAAGCUGA